GUGGUCCGGCGUGCGGCGCCUUCGUCACGAGGCGCACUGCGGGCGGCGUCCUGUGCGAGCUUAUCGGCGCCGUCCAGUCAUGCUCUGCCGCCCUUGGCGUCCACACGUACUGCUCGAAAGCCGCAAUGGCUCGUGAGUUCAUCCCUUGUUGAGUCUUGUUUCAGAAUCCUUAGUCUUGAUAAGUCUUGCACGAAAAUAAUGUCCGAAUUCCUGGCUUUCUUCCCACAAGGUUCUCAUCCGUCGUAUAAAAUCUCUCUGUCUAACCAUAUAAUCGAAGUAAUAAACUAUAUAAUCCACCCAUUUAAUCUAAGACCAUCCGUCCAUCCACAUGCUUUCUGUGAGUCAAUCUCUCUCCCUCUGCGUGUUCCCAGAGGGCGCCUCCCUCGGCUACGUCGGCGUCGGGAAUGGCCACUUCUACAAGUUCGUGACGGGAGGCGGGAAUUCGUGGCAGGAAUCGGCGGCCGAGUGUGACCUGGCCUUCGGCUCGCUCUUCGUGCCCGAGUCCUUCGCCGAGUUCGAGGCCGUGCGAGCCUACAGGGACAGGAACAGCCUCGGGGGGACCCUCUGGGUGGGACUCCGAUACGACGUCAACUACCCCGUGGACAUCCAUCGCAUCGAAACCCACAACAGGGAGGACGGGGUGUUCUGCGCUACGAUGGUGGACAGCAAGGACCACAUCGACUACAGCGACUGCGGCGCGAGCUUCGACGGCAAGAUCUGCAAGCUGGACCCGAAGUUCGUGUGACGCGUUGAGACGUCUGGGAUGAGGGCGCUGUCAGUGGCCAGGAAGGAUGGGAUUCAUCGUUUUUAUUUAUUAUAGUUAUCAGUAUUUGCUCCUUUCAGUAAAGAUUAUGAGUAA